AUGGUCGAUAUCGCUCCCACUUUGGCUCCUUUCCUUCGCCGUCCUCCAACACCCCCCAAAGAGAGCACAUCAUCUAAGCUUGCAGUGGAGCAUGAGGAGUCCGCCAUCUUCAUUAGCCGCCAUUUACUCGACACCCCAGAUCUAUCGCCGUCUUCCUCCGCUGAAUUCCUGAGAAAUACUUCCGGAAGAACACGAAAGAAGGUCGAUUUCAGUGGAUUCUACAAGUACGAUCAACCACCUCCUGGUAGCAACAACUCUUCCUCGGAGAGGCUUCGAUCUCUGCCGCCUUCUCGAGACUCGAAAGCGUCUAGAUCAAUUCUCAAAGCUCCUCGUGACCACAACGACUCGCACAAUCGCGCCAUCUCUCUAGCCUUAGAUGAUACAACUUUGCCAGCCAUGUUGCGCUCUACCACGCAGCAUCUGCAAAGCGAUUCGCAUGCGUCACGAUUGGAUGCCUACAGAACGAUGCUAGGCUGCCUGGGUAGGUAUCAAGACGAACCUGCUUCGGACGACUUGUCUGCCGCAAUGUUGGACAUGACUCAGUGCAUCAAACGAGAUGCCUCCCAGGCAAUAUCGGACAGUACAUCAUUGGACAUUCAGCUUCUGUCGGAAGCGUUGAAGCUUUGCGGGGCUUUUCUCGAGUCUGGAGAUUUAGCCAAAAGCAUACCAGAGGACUUCAAAUCCUUCAUCGCUGAGAAAGCAAUAGCAAGCUUAGAGGACGACAAGACAUCGAAACUUCUGACUACGCAUUACAUGCAUCUACUAGAGAAACAAAAAUUCAGCUCAAAGGUCAUGACAUCUGAGCGAGUAAAUAGACUGCUCAAUGCAUUACAUACCACUACGAAUCGGGUCAAAAGCUCUCGGGUCUUGGGCUACCGAUUAAUGAUAUACUAUAGAUUAAUAGGUCAAAAUAGGCCCGCCAUGGUUUCCAAGGUUAAUAGCUGGCUUCAGCAUCUCCUUAAAGGGUUAAUGAGCAAUAUGAAGAUGAUUCGCGUGCGAGCCAUCACGUCGGGUAUCGAGGCCGGCGUGCAGCUUGGUACUUCUGGUACGAUCUCGAAGGCAUGCUCAGAGCUAUUGAACAGUCGAACAUCGGAAGGCCAAAAGGCCGUUGAGAUCUUGAGUGGGCGCAUGAUACAGAUGAUCAACUCCAGAGACGAUGCCCAGCAUGUGCCUCAAAUUUGGAGUGUCAUCAUUCUUCUACUUCGAGGCCGGCGGCGCUAUAUUGAGAAUUGGGAGCAUUUAAGGACAUGGAUCAAAAUCAUGGAAGAGUGCUUCAAUUGCUCCGACUCCUCCGUCAAGUUACAGGCCAAUAUCGCCUGGAGCCGUUUAAUCUUCGCUGUCAACGUUGAUUCCGACACAUCUCCGCCCAUGUCCAAGAUACUGAAAGACGCAAUAGCAGCCCAGAUGGGGCGCUACAGUAAAGCAGGGGAUAAAAGCGCUCAAAAAGCCAAGCAAUUUGCUCGUAACUCAUACUGUUCAUUGAUAUAUUACGCUAUGCGGCCGACGGCUUCCUAUGAGCAAUUGGACCGGUAUUGGGAUUUGUGUGUGGCUCAAUUUAUUCAACAAGCUUUCAUCGAGACCCAGCCAGAUGUUGAAUAUGCCUGUGGUGUUGUUGCAGCACUACUUCGUAACGACGGACAACCCCGUGUCUGGAAUGAAAACAAAGCUAACAUGAACAGCCUUAUUUCUCCACCGGAUCUGCCAAAGAUUGAUCCUAAAUGGGUCAGGUCUAGAGCAGCAAGAGUGGCGUCUGUCUUCGAAAAGCUUUAUAGCACUGCUGCAUGGUCACAAGCCAACAUAUCGACGGCUCCAAUAGUCAGUGCAUGGACAAGCUUCAUCUCGGCAAUUGGGUCUGCAAGUUGCAAAGAGAUCAAGGUGUCGGCAGAUACCCGGUCUGCAUUGUCUCACUUGGUUAAUUUGUUUCAACGGAUAUUGGGCCGAGCAGUUGGUGAUGACGCCGAGGCAUCACUGAGAUACGAGAAGGUCAACGUUCUUCUUGAUGUGGUCCUCGCAAAAAUCGACGUAACGGCACUGAACGAGAAACGCAUAACAAAGACUGCGCAAAGUACCUUUGAAUGUAUACCGGAGACUCCAUCAGGCCGCCAUCGAAUGAAUUCAGCCUCCACUAGUUCUGCCGUAAUACAUCUCCUGCAACUUGUAAUCAACGUUAAGACGCCGACUGAUUCAACAACCUGUGCGGAUAUAAUAUCAAAACUCACACAAGUCACUUUCCAGAGCGCACAUUCGCGCCAAGCUAAGCUGCUUUGUGUGCGGUCUUUGGCUCUUCUGCUCCAUCGUGAGGACGAAGACUCUCAUAUCUAUGCUCAUACAGCUCUAUGGAAAGAAUUGGCAGCUGCUACAGCAACCGCUUUCAAGACCCAGCCAUCGCCGAACGACAACAACCCUCGGCAUCUAGGUGAUGAUUACAGACACGCCACCAAAAUACUAGAGCUUGGUCUCCAUUACCGAACCACAGAUGCCUUCAAUAGCUGGCAGACCUUGUAUGCUGAAAUUGCCAAAGUGGUUGAAAAGGAAGCUGGUAGAUUCGCAUUUAGUUUAUCCGUGGUGGAGCCUCUCGCUUGCGCCCUUCAAAGCGAGGCUGAGACUCAACUCAAUGAUGUCGUCCUAACUACCAUCCUAAGGAUUCUAGAAAAAGCGAAUUGGCCACAGAAUCAGAAUAUGGCAGAACGAACUCUUGUGCAAUUGUGGGGUGGUACUCAUGGACACCAAACAUGCUUUGCCUCAAGCUUGACUGAGGCACUAUGUGGUUUGAUCAAUCCAGUCUUAAGAUGCACAUAUGCAGGCGUAACGAGACAUCAAAGCCAGGACAUUCUAUCCUUACUUACAGCUUUAACAUCCUUUCUCCAUGCUAGUCCUAUGGAAGCCAGAGUUGCUUUGGUUGAGAAACUCCAGUCAGGUCUUGCAGUCUGGAUUCAAGACUCGGAAGGCGCUUUAGCUGGUCCGGGUAACAGCUUUUACCCAACGGUCAAGAGGCUUUGGGCACUAGUUGCUAGUAUCAUAGAGCGAGUAUCGGAAUCUAGCAACUCUCUGUUACAGAGGAUACACUUCCUCAUAGAUUCCGGUCUGCGAAGUCGACACAAAGUUUUCCUCAGCUACGCUGUGACUAUGUGGAACCAAACCUUUGGCUGCGAGGAAUCUCUAGACUACCCAGAUGACUUGCGAAAGACCUUGCUUAAGAUCAGAUCUAUCACAGACAUCGAUGUGCCUGGACUACCCGAAGAGAGUAGUCAGCAGGAUGAAACCUCGCCUUUUCGAUUUAUCGAGUCUCAAGUGAUUGAAGAAGACAAGCUCAGCCUGGCUCUUCGGAAACGGAAGUCCCCCCGAAGCCGAGGCCUCUUCACGAAGACGAACGACAGGACAGAUACCCUUCAGAUCCGCGAUAUCACUCCCUCUACCACUUUACCGAGUCCGCUAGGUUCUCGUCGAAGCGCUAGGUCGACCCCCAAGGCUCGGUUACGCCAUAAUGACUCGCAGAUACAAUUUACGGCCGUAGAAUCCUCACCUCUUGGGCCAGAUGAUUGCAGUACCCAGAUACUCACUGACCGUCAGAAAGAAGUGAGAGAGCGUCAAAAUCGGGAGACCGCAAUAUUUCCAGAGAUCAUAACGAGUCCUAGAAAUGUCCGUAGACCCACAAAGGAAAUGCUACCAAAGCUUUCCCUCUCAGCUCAAGGAGACCAUUUGAUGAUGCUCGAUGCGGAGGAGGAUACAAGCCCCACCUUUCCACCUGAGCAUGACAUGGAUGCUUUGCUAGGCUCGUCUCCUACGCCUAGCUCGAGCAGAAAUCGUUCGCAAGAGCGACAUUUAGAUGAUGAACCUGAAUCAUCACCCCCCUUCGUGUCAUCAGAAUUCAAGAUUCCGGAAGCGUCGUCGCCAGAGCCGCCUCAGGACUCUUCCAUGAUUAACGAGGCAUCUGUCAGAGAAAAGGGCCCUCACAUGGAUUCUGGAAGCUGUACAAAAAGAGGCACAGAUGUGCAAGUGACCCCAUCCAGUCCAACUGACGGCAAUUGUGUUGAGCGGCGGGCAGGUGAACGCAAUGACCGCGAUAUUCUUUCCGAUCAAGAGGUGUUUGUGGACGCUUGCUCCGAACCCUUGCUGCACAAUAUGAACGACGAACAAGCGCCUUGUAUCUGUACAGAAACCUCAACCGAUGCCACUAAAAAUAAACAUCCCACUGGACCUGAGGAGUCAGCGACUGGUGAAGUGCAGAACCAGAUUGUUAGCCCAGGCGGUGAGAUCACCGAUGAUGCGCAACAUGCGCACCGUAGAACUUCGCUUGAUCAGACUGACAACGACGAUACUACUGCGCAAUUGUUUGCCGAGAUGGAAGGGUUUCAAUCGAGCAAAACACACCAACCACCGGAGAAUUUGCUGGAGGAUCAGCCGCUGAAACGGAAAGCUUCUUUGGACGAUCAAUCGCGAAAGCGAAGGAGAACAUCAGCUAGCAUGAAAAGUAGGCCUGCAGGCAAAGUGUAUGCAACGAAGGGCCAGCUUAUUGCAGAUUGUGUGUACAUAGAAACGCGUCCCGUCAACGAUAAAGCUCUGGCAGCACACUUAGAGCCAGUCAUAAAGCGAGAACGUUCGGAGAGUCCGCCAACAGCGACCAUACUUUCUACGGUGGCAGAAACGCCGAUGCCUGGUAGACGAUCUUCUCGAGAGGAAAGAUCAUCGAAUGCAGGUGGUAGAAGCAGACCAAGGAGAUCAUCGACGAGGAGAGGUGGAGGAAGGAGAGAGCUCAGUGGUGGUACAGAUGGCGAGGAGGAUGAUCAAGGUAAUCUGCUUACCUUGAGCCGAACACGCAGACGGACGUUUGCUCGUGGCGAAGUCGGAGCUCUCGCGGCUAUGUCAUCUGGAGCGUUGCCAAACAGCGAGGGCAAUGCGGCACUGCAGGCUCCAUGCCCACCUGACGCUUCGGAUGGGCAGAUAGAAAGGGACUCGAUCGGAAGUGAAUUUCAGCCACAAAGCGGGAAGACGGGGCAGCAAGGUGGGGUGCAGUCCAGUGCGGCCAGCAUGCUGGCAGGCUUCCGCGGUCUCUUGGACAAUAUCAAGCAUAUCACGCUCCGGCCAGAGGAAGAGCGGGCGAUGGUGGGUGUCCUCUUUGAGUCUGUACAACAAGUGCACGAAGCAGGGCGACGGUCGACGAGAGGAGUAUUUGACGUCAGGAUGGAUGGAUCUGACCGCCUUGAGUAG